ACAAGUCGUACGAAAAGCAAACACGGCCUUGCUCGCAAAUCAGGUCAUUGCAGAUUGAAAAUUUCUAGUCAAUACAUAUACCUUGCUCAGCCAUGGCUGCUAUACCAGAAUUGGAUAUUGUUGUAGACCAGAAGAAUUAUGAGAAAGGACUUCGAGAUGUCUUGAAAGUUGUCCGACCAACUUGGAAAAGCGAAGACAUCAAGUUUAAGUACCUCACCCAAGGCUACUCGAACCACAUGCUGGCUUGCUUCAUCGACGAAGACAACAAGGACGAUGACUGGAUAGUGGCAAGAAUCUUCGGCACCGACCUAGAUUUCGGGCAGCAGAGAGAUGUCGAAGUCAAGAACUCCAAGCUUUUCGCGGAGCGGGAGAUAGGUCCCACUGUUUAUUGCGUCUUCAAAAACGGGCUAUUGUUCCAGUUCAUCAAAGGAAAGACAUUUUUCUGGACUGAUUUGUCCGCGUUCCGAGAUAUCAAGUUGUGCAAGGCAAUUGCUCGGGAGAUGGCCAAGGUUCACUGCAAGAAGACUUACAAGCAAGCCGUAGAGAAGUACAAUAUCGACAAAGCUAAAAAUAUUGAAGUCAUUCUCGAAGAACUGGUGGUGAAGCCUUGGCCUGAGUGUAUCAUUGAUGAGGAGACCACGAAAUGGUAUAACAGUAAAGUGCCCUCUAUGGAAGAGCGUCAAAAAGAAAUGAAAAUGUUGAUGGAGCUCUUAAGAGUAAAAAGUAUCCCAAAGGCGCUUUGUCACGGCGAUUGUAACCCAACUAACGUCAUUUACGAUGAAGAGAAUGACAAAGCUACAUUGGUCGACUAUGAAGGUGCUGGUAUCAGUAUGCCAAUUUUGGAUAUCGCUGGUUUCUUAGGGUCCGCAGCCUACGGUUUUUCCCCAGACCCUGAGGGGUUGGACUAUACCCCAGAGUUUAAGAGAGAGUUCAUGAUGGAAUAUUUCAGAGAAAAGAAUAAACUUGACGGGGAGCCGGAGGAGGUGGACGAACGAGUGUUGUCGACAUACUUAACGAUGUUGGAAAUUGCUGAUAUUGGCUUCAACUAUUUCUGGCAUAUGAUGGCUACUUUGUUGGCAACGGCACCAACAAGCCAUGGAGACAACUCGUUCUUUCUAAAAGUUGGUGUGUCAAGACUUGAGUACUAUUACAAACACAGGGAACGAAUGUUGGCCAUGCCAAUCCCAGAGUAGAAAAUCCACAGCAAAUACAAAAUCAGAUAUCGGUUAAUCCGUGCGACUCCCGUCAUAGGGAGUUGUCGCAAAGCCCACGAAACACCAACGCGAACGCCUAUUUCAUUGUAAGAUCUGUCUAUCACGAUUUCGAACAAUGGGAACUUGUUUGCUAGAAAUUGCUAGAAGUUGCUUAAAAGAUCUUAGUUUA